ACACAAAGGUCAUCGCGUUUGGAGCGCUGGGUACGCCGUUACGUUGCGGAAGCCUUUACGCAGCCUUUACGCAGUACGCGUUGCCCUUACGCAAAUAGCGCAGCUCGACACGUUGAAAACGUGAAACGGGACCUCAACCAGACUACCGGUGUGUUCUGAAUCCCUCUGCACGAGAACCGGCUCGUAUCGACCAAUGAAACGUGUACAGGCUGCGAGGGACUUUGCAACAACACCGAGGGACACAUUCACAACUUUCCCCCCGUUUUCAGUUUAAUGUGCGCAGCCGGGCGGAGAAGGUAAGCGGACACGCGGGUUAGCGCAGGAGCUGGAGUCUAAAUGUGUCGGCAGGACGCAACAACCAUAUAAGGGGCUGAACUCGGUCGUUUCGCUUUCGACUGUAACGUUGCCUUCUGGCCGUCACCGUUAAACGUGCAGAUACAAAACAAUCUGGACUGAGUGAUGGGCACACAUGUCAUGCAUCCUCCAUAAUCCCCAUCUGUCUUUGUUUGGAACCAGUCUGGCUGUGAUUGGUACAACGUCUGGCUCGUUGAAGGCAAAGUAGUACGUGAAGAGACAUUUUCACCCAUUUCCACUGCAGCCUUGGUGUCAUAGUAUCGAUAACACAGUCGAGUCUACAACCGUAUAUGUUAUGUGCGAGAUUGUAGUAUCAAACAUCCCCAAAAUGCAUUUCGCUGACAACCUUCUGCCCAUGUCCUCCUCGUGUGUGUGCUUUAGGGUCCUGUGCACACCGUGUGGAUAUGUGUAGAAACACUGGUGCGCCAGUCCUGCUGUUGGAGCUCAAACCCUAAACAUGGUGAGGCUGGAGCUGGAUCAGGUGGUGAUGAGGAGGAUGAAGGAAGACGAUAUAGAGAUGGUCAAAGCCCUCAUCAAGGAGGGCUGCGAGGGCACAGAAAACCGCCUCAUCCUUCACCUCGUCACUCGUCCGCUCUGCCUCUUCAUCCUGGCCAUUUGCUCUUCGAUGCUGCGCUGCCUCGUGCAUUCCUUCAUCCUGGCCCUGGCUAUUCCUGUCUUCCUGCUAAUUAUUUUUCUCAAAAUCACCAUGCCGCGGUCCACGGGGGUUCUGGGCAGCAGCCGGCCCUCCUGGGACUAUGUGGGUAGCAGCUACAGAGGGACACAGGAUGAGCCACUGCUGAAUCCGUACUGCAGGAUCAGUGGCAAGACACCCGGCACUAGAAAGCCAAGGCGCCGAAUCACACCCAAAGACAAGGACAAAGAUCUGUCAACAGAGAAUGUCACCCCGGAGAGGGAGCGGGAAGCAGGGCAGGUCUGGGUGUCGGAAUGCGAUGGCGAGAUCCUCGGCUGCAUCUUCAGGGAAAGCGAGAAGCGAGCCAACGUCCGGAGGAUCUGCAGGUUGGUGACGGGCUGCUGGUACCGCAGGGAGGGUCUGGGCCGGCUGUUUGUCCAGAGUCUGGAGCGGAGAGAGAGGGAGGCCGGCGCACACAGAGUGUACACUCACGUCCCUUACCCGUCCAAACUCGGGGAAGCCUUUUUCAGGAAGUUGGGCUAUCAGCAAAUUGGGGAGGGGACUGAUGAAAAAGAAGAUGAGGAGGAGGAGAGGAAGCUCGAGCCUCCAGAGAGAGGCUUUCUGGGAUACCCCCUCACCAAAGUGUUUUACAAAGACCUGUGAUUGAGUGAAGAUGGACCCAUGGAGAGAAACGGGCAGCGUUGGAAUGGCUAAAAGUAAAGAAGCCAUAACACAAGUUACCAUUGCUGAACAUGUUUGGAUGUUUGUUUAAACUGAUCAUUUUUUGAAUAUUUGUUAUUUAUGCCAGUGUUUAUUUAUGUUAUGUGUUUCCGUUCUGUUUGUUGUAAUUAUAUUUUUAGCUUUUCAUCAAAUAAGUACCAUCUCUCCAUUCUUUUAAAACGGAUAGUUGUUAUGUAAAACACCAUGAAGCCACAAACAUGCAAUUCUCGUCUUUUAUAAGGAAAUAAAAUAUUUAUGUAAAAUGA